CUGGUACUGAGAGUGCAACAUCAUGGCAACCCUAAUGGAGCGCCUGGCUUUCCUUCAAAAAGUACCCACUCUGAUGAAAGCCACGGCGGAUGACGAAACCCCCUGCCCCGGCUACCUUUUCGAAGAAAUCGGAAAGAUUUCCCAUGAGUCAGUGGGCUGCUGCCAGUGCCUGCUGGAGUACCUCCUGGACCGGUUGCAGGGGCAGUCCUGCCAUGUCAAACUGAAGGUGCUGAAGAUCCUGCUUCACCUGUGUAGUCACGGUUCGCCGCACUUCGUCACAGAGUUGCGGCGCAACGCCACCUUCAUCCAGGAGGUGACAGUGUACAGCGGCCCUCCUGACCCCAUCCACGGCAGCGCCCUGUACCAGAAGGUGCGGGCCACAGCACAGGACCUGGCCAGUCAGCUGUUUUCUGACACGGUGGCCCCCCUCCCAGCUCUGUCCCCCUGUGAAGCUGCCACGCCCACAAUGGGUAUGGGCUCAGAGUCGGUGCCACGGUCUGGGAUGCAGGGUUUUGGAUACAGUCCAAGGAGGCACGCCUCUGGUGGAGGCACGUUCUUGGAUAAGAUCCAGAAGGCUGCAGAGGUGGUGGCCAGCGCUGUGCUCCCCCCGACCGAGCACCAGGGCAUCCGCCUCCAUGACAACCACUACCGUGCCGUGGUAGCGCCCUCUGCUGCUGUGGAGGUGGCAGUGCCAGCGUGCACCUACAACCUGCCCUCCCACGGCCUGAAAGCCGCACGGAGGUGCCCCGGCCAGGCCGGCGGGGGCUGGGAGGAGAGCGACAGUGGCCACAGCUCCCAUGAUUCCUCUCAGGAGAACGGUGAUGUCAGCAGGGCGUCAGUGGGCGGGAGCAGCAAGUCGGGGACGGGCAGCCAUUCAGGGGCCAGCCGGGAGAGUGGGGACCUGGCGGAGCGGGUGGAGGCCAUGCACCUAGGAGACUGUUGCCAGGAGACCAUGCUCAUCAGCAGCCUGACCGAAGGUUCCAAGGUCUUCCUGUCCCGAGAGGAGACCCAGCACUUCAUCAAAGAGUGUGCCACGCUGAACUGUGAGGUGGUGGUGGAGCUGCUGUGCCGUAGGCUCCAGGACCCUGCACAUACUGUGCAAAUGAGGGUGCUGUGUGCUGUCGCCUGCCUGAUGUCGUCUGACCUGCUCUCGCUGGACCACAUAUUCAGCAUUACCCAGAAGCACCUGGUGCAGCUGAGCGAGGGGCCGGCAGGGCCAGUGGCUAAUAAAGCAACCAAGCUCCUGAGGCAGUUUGAGGCUCUGACAGCUGGCCAGUUGGGCGUGGCCAGGCGGACGGUCACAGUCGCCCCGGCGACCGCCAGCCCCCUCCUCCCGGACGACUCCUCCAAACUCCCGGGAGGCGCAUCGCUCCCCGCGCCCAGCAGGGGGCGCACCGGUCCACAGGACGAGCCUCUCUCCAGCACGGGACAGCAGUGCUGGCGCUCGGAGGGGCGCUCGGAACGCGUGGAGCCCGAGGAUCAGAGGGCGCCCUCGAACUCCCGCGACUCGGAGCCAGAAGGACAGACGGACUCCGCCCCGGCCGCCCCCACGGACAGGCUGUCCAUCUUCAGCGGCAUGGAGCUGGUGACCCGGGGCAAAACCGUCUGCACGCUGCCCGCGCAGACGGACUGCGAGCCGGGCGCCCUCGCCCCCGGGCCCGCAGUGCAGGACCCCAGCGGUGACCCUCACAGGGCGAUACACCCGCCACACCCGCCACACCCCAACACCAGCAGCACCCCGCCCUCACACACCCCCCCGCACAGCCGCCAGCAGCUCUCCGCCUUCUCCUUCCUCAACGUCUGA